UUUGGAAUUCUGUCAGCUCAGCGCGCGCUCCCUCCCCUCCCUCCUUGACACACACACACACACACAUCCACUCAGUCAGUCGCAGGCACGCGCGCGCGAGAGACAUAGAUCAAUGGCAAAGCUGGCGCGCCUGCGCGGCUGGCCAACGGGCGAAGGACGGCGGUUGGAAGUCUGAGGAGAAUCAGGAGAGUGUGUGUGUGUGUGGGGGGGGGGUGAAAGAAAGACGGGAGCGCGCGCCUCACGCGCUCGCUCACUCACGCACGCACGCACGCGGGAGCGCGCGCCAGGCUGUUGCUCCUCCUGCCGCCGCCGCCGCCUGCGCGACUCUUGUGAGGGGGGGGGAAAAAAAAAAAGAGAAGAAAAAAAAAAAGAGGCUCCGCGGCGGCGGGACCGGCCCGCCAUGGAGUGACCCCCGCCCUCCACGCCCCCCUCCGGCAGAGCUUUUUUUUUUUUCCCCCCGCCGCCGCCUCCGCUCGGCUUCUUCUUUCCUCCCUCAGCGGCGAAGGGGACCAGAGAAGCGCCGCCGUUGUUGCCGUUGCCGCCGCGCCCCCUCUUGCGUUGCCCGGCCGCCGCCGGCGUGAGGGGGGGAGAGCGAGCGAUGGCGGCGCGGGGCGCCUGGCGGCGGCGGCUCCUUCUCCUCGGCUCCCUGUGGGUCGCGCUGCUCGGCGGGCAGCGCCCCGACUCCUCCGCCGCUGCCGCCGCCGCCGCGCCGCCUCAGCAGCACCUCCCGCCCGCAGAACCUACAGUGAGAACUUUUACUCCGUUUUAUUUCCUAGUAGAACCAGUGGACACUCUGUCAGUUAGAGCUUCUUCCGUUGUACUGAACUGUUCAGCAUAUUGUGAAUCACCUCCAAAAAUUGAAUGGAGAAAGGACGGGACUUUCUUGAACUUGGUAUCAGAUGACCGCCGGCAAUUGCUACCAGAUGGAUCUUUGUUAAUUAACAGCAUUGUCCAUUCCAAGCACAAUAAACCUGAUGAAGGUCAUUACCAGUGUGUGGCAACCGUGGAGAGUCUUGGCACCAUCGUAAGCAGGACAGCUAAGCUUACAGUUGCAGGGCUUCCAAGAUUCAUUACCCAGCCAGAGUCUGCAUCUGUCCAUAGAGGAAACCCUAUAGUUCUUAACUGCGAAGUUAAUGCUGACUUAGCGCCGUUUGUCAGGUGGGAGCUGGAUCAUCAGCCCCUCUUUCUGGACGAUCGUGUCCUCAAGUUGCCAAGUGGAACUUUAAUUAUCAGCAAUGCUACAGAUGAGGAUGCCGGAACUUACUGUUGUGUUAUCGAAAUUGGGGGGUCUCCCAAAUACAGCGAUGAAGCAGAGAUUAAAGUUCUUCCAGAAUCCGACCUUUCUUCAGGCUUGCUUUUUUUGAAACAGCCCUUUCCCCUUACCAAAGUGACUGGGCAGAGUGCAGUUGUGCCAUGUGUUGCUUCAGGCAUUCCUAUCCCUCUAAUCCGAUGGACAAGAAAAGAAGAAGAGCUUGUUACUGAAAAUUCUCACAAAUUUCUAUUCCUAUCUGGGGGAACUCUGAAGAUAAAUGAUAUCACCGAAGAUGAUUCAGGAACAUAUACUUGCAUCGCAGAUAAUGGGAAUGAAACUAUUGAAGCUCGAGCUGACCUUACUGUGCAGGUGCCUCCCACAUUUCUGAAGCAGCCUGCUAAUAUUUAUGCACACGAAUCCAUGGAUAUUGUGUUUGAAUGCGGCGUGAGCGGAAAGCCAACUCCAACAGUCAAGUGGGUAAAGAACGGAGAUGUGGUCAUUCCUAGCGACUACUUUAAAAUUGUAAAUGAGCACAACCUACAAGUUUUGGGUUUGGUGAAAUCGGAUGAAGGCUUUUAUCAGUGUAUUGCGGAAAAUGAUGUGGGAAAUAUACAGUCUGGAGCCCAGCUGAUAAUACUGGAUCAUGAUGUUGCCAUCCCAACAUUACCUCCCACUUCACUGACCAGUGCCACUACUGACCAUCUAGCACCAGCUACAACUGGACCUUUGCCUUCUGCCCCUCGAGAUGUGGUGGCGUCUCUUGUAUCUACUCGUUUCAUCAAGCUAACAUGGAGGACCCCUGCAUCUGACCCACAGGGAGACAAUCUUACCUACUCGGUGUUCUACACCAAGGAAAUGAGUAACAGGGAGCGUGUUGAAAACACAAGUCAUCCUGGGGAAAUGCAAGUGACAAUCCAAAACCUGAUGCCUGAAACAGUAUAUAUUUUCAGAGUGGUAGCCCAAAACAGACAUGGACCUGGGGAGAGCUCAGUACCAUUGAAAGUAGCCACACAACCUGAGGUUCAGCUUCCAGGUCCAGCCCCCAACAUUCGUGCGUAUGCCACCUCUCCCACAUCAAUCACUGUGACUUGGGGUACACCCUUAUCGGGCAACGGCGAAAUCCAGAAUUACAAAUUGUAUUACAUGGAGAAGGGAAUGGAGAACGAACAGGACAUUGAUGUUGGAGGUCUUUCCUAUACAAUAAUUGGUUUGAGAAAAUAUACAGAGUAUAGCUUCAGAGUUGUGGCCUACAAUAAACAUGGUCCAGGAGUCUCUACUCAAGACGUCGUCAUUCGUACACUGUCAGAUGUUCCCAGUGCUGCACCCCAGAAUCUAACACUAGAAGUGCAAAACUCCAAGAGCAUUGCGAUGCAGUGGCAGCCUCCUCCCACAGGAACACAUAAUGGGCAAAUUACUGGCUAUAAGAUUCGGUACCGAAAAGUGAUUCGCAAAAGUGAUGUCACCGAAAUCAUUGUGGGGACACAACUUUCACAGCUCAUUGAAGGUUUGGAACGAGGGACCGAGUACGGCUUCCGAGUGGCUGCCUUAACAGUCAAUGGGACAGGAAUAGCUACGGAUUGGAUAUCAGCAGAAACAUUUGAGAGUGACCUUGAUGAAACCCGCGUUCCAGAAGUGCCAAGUUCAUUGCAUGUCCGUCCACUUGUAACCAGUAUUGUUGUCAGCUGGACCCCACCAGAAAACCAGAACAUUGUGGUCAGAGGCUAUGCCAUAGGGUAUGGUGUAGGCAGUCCCCACGCUCAGACCAUCAAGGUGGAUUAUAAGCAACGAUACUACACUAUUGAAAAUUUGGAUCCCAGUUCCCAUUAUGUGAUAACUUUGAAAGCAUAUAACAAUGUUGGUGAAGGAAUCCCUCUUUAUGAAAGUGCAGUGACUAGAGCCUAUACAGACACUUCUGAAGUUGAUUUAUUUGUUGUUAAUGCUCCAUACACUCCAGUGCCAGACCCCUCCCCCAUGAUGCCACCCGUGGGAGUUCAGGCUUCCAUCCUGAGCCAUGACACCAUUCGUAUCACCUGGGCAGACAACUCUCUGCCGAAGAACCAGAAGGUUUCGGAUGCCCGCUACUACACAGUCCGCUGGAAAACCAACAUUCCUGCAAACACAAAGUACAAGACCGCAAAUACAACUACCUUAAGCUUCUUGGUCACUGGCUUAAAACCAAACACGUUAUAUGAAUUCUCUGUCAUGGUGACUAAAGGCCGAAGAUCAAGCACCUGGAGCAUGACAGCACAUGGCACUACUUUUGAGCAAGUUCCAACCUCUCCACCAAAAGAUGUAACAGUGGUCAGCAAAGAAGGAAAGCCCAGAACUAUAAUUGUCAACUGGCAACCUCCAUCUGAAGCCAAUGGCAAAAUUACAGGGUACAUAAUUUACUAUAACACCGAUGUCAACGCUGAAAUACAUGACUGGGUCAUUGAACCAGUAGUAGGCAAUAGAUUAACUCACCAGAUUCAAGAGCUGACCCUGGACACAGCAUAUUAUUUCAAGAUCCAAGCCCGGAACUCCAAAGGCAUGGGCCCCAUGUCAGAGGCUGUACAGUUCAGGACACCUAAAGCAUUGGGAUCUUCAGGAAAAGGAAAUCGACCAAUGGAUGUUGGAACAGAUUAUAAAACACCCAUCAGUGGAAGCAACAGCCCUCAUGGCAGCCCCUCCCCCCUAGAAUACAAUAUGCUCCUGAUCAUAAUUGUGUCUGUGGGAGUGAUCACCAUUGUGGUUGUAGUGAUUGUUGCUGUAUUUUGCACUCGAAGGACCACCUCUCACCAGAAGAAAAAACGAGCUGCUUGUAAAUCCGUGAAUGGGUCUCAUAAAUACAAGGGCAAUUCCAAGGACGUCAAGCCACCAGAUCUUUGGAUCCAUCACGAGAGGCUGGAGCUGAAGCCUAUUGAUAAGUCUCCAGAUCCCAAUCCGAUCAUGACUGACACCCCGAUCCCUCGUAACUCCCAAGACAUCACCCCCGUGGACAACUCUAUGGACAGCAAUAUUCAUCAGAGACGGAACUCCUAUAGAGGGCACGAGUCAGAGGACAGCAUGUCCACCCUCGCAGGAAGGAGAGGGAUGCGGCCAAAGAUGAUGAUGCCGUUUGAUUCUCAACCUCCUCAACCUGUGGUUAGUGCUCAUCCCAUCCAUUCCCUUGAUAACCCUCACCAUCAUUUCCACUCCGGCAACCUCGCUUCUCCAACCUGCAACUAUCUCCAUCAUCAGGCAAACCUAUGGCCAGUUGGCACAUCUGUGUCCCAUUCAGACAGGGCUAAUUCCACAGAAUCUGUUCGAAAUACACCUAGCACAGAUACCAUGCCAGCGUCUUCAUCUCAGACAUGUUGUGCCGACCACCAAGAGCCGGAGAGUGCUUCAGCAUCCUACCUGCCCGGUACCCAGGAAGAGGAGACAAGCCAGAACCUGCCCACUGCCCAUGUCCGUCCCUCUCAUCCUCUGAAGAGUUUCGCUGUGCCAGCCGUCCCGCCCACUGGCAGCACUUAUGACCCUGCCUUGCCAAGCACACCUUUAUUAUCACAGCAAGCUUCUAGCCAUCCAGUUCAUUCAGUGAAGACAGCAUCAAUUGGAACUCUAGGAAGGACUCGGCCUCCAAUGCCAGUCGUAGUCCCAAGUGCCCCUGAAGUGCAGGAAACCACAAGGAUGCUCGAAGACACAGAAAGUAAUUACGAACCGGAUGAACUCACCAAAGAGAUGGCCCACCUGGAAGGACUAAUGAAGGACCUUAACGCCAUCACCACAGCGUGAUCACCUUCCCCAAGGAAUGACUCCAAACCACAGGCCUUGGGACUUCGCCUUGGAGCACAAGGAAAUGUAUAAAGACUAGGGGACAGCACAGAAAGAGACCUGCCCACCAGCUGCAGCACCACCGAGGCCCCUUCCGGUUAAUCAAGUGGCUCUUCUAAUUCAUUGGCCUGAAACGAACCUCUUGGAUGGUGGUUGGGAUUUCCGCUUCUCUGCUGCGAUGCUGAUGCUGAUAUGAACCAGGAAUGGGGCAACGUCUCAGGCUGAUGAAACCUAGCAUCCAGACAAAGUUAGCAUUCAUCGGAGGCAGCUUUUGUCUCGGUGCUGCAACCUUCCCUGCUUUUUCAGUGUUGGACAUUCACAUUUAUGUACAAUUUUAUUUGUGUGUUUUUAUUUUAUUGUAUCUUUUUUAUUAAAAAAUGUAACCUGACAGAAAAAAAGAAAAGAAAAGAAAUUUGUGUUGUUUCCCCACCCCCCAAAGCCUAGACGUCCGUCCGAUUGCUUGUUCUCUUGUGUAUACGGGAAUUCAUUGCCAGUGUGGAUUGUUCCGUUCAUUUUGUUUGUUCGGAUUUCUUUUUUUCUUUUUUAAAAGCGCGUAUAAUUCUGUCACCUUCCAGCAGUUGUAAUCCAUGGCCUUGGGGUAUGCUGCAUUGCUUUUUUGUAAGCUUUUUUUAUUUUUAUAUUAUGAUAAUUCAAAAAGCCUUUCUCAUCACUGUGAGGUUAACUAUCUGUUUGGAUUGAAAUGUAACAUGGAGGAAACCUUUUUUUUUUAAAAAAAUUUUUGAGCGUUUUCAGUGCAGGAGUAGAAUAAGUAAGCCUUGGGCUGGGAGCCACAGAGUGGUACAUUGUUUACAGGGGCAAUGCAAUGCAACGCAGUGUUAUCCAUCGGACUCGAUUAAGCCAUCCCCUGCAAUAUGUCCAGUUGUGACUUAAAUAAAUUAUUAUUGCGAGUAAUUUCCCGAUCGCAGUGACUUGGAAAAAAAUAAUACAGCAUUCCGACCGAUGGCUGCAACGUAACUCUCAACUGCAAUUAUUCACUUUUGUUGUUACCUCUGUCGGUCCAAGGCCUUACCAAAACAGAAAGUGAGGGUGCACCUGUGGCUCCAAAGAGAUCCUAUCAACCAGCCCCGAUUCAUCAAAGGGAAUUGUAAAAAACAGAAUGAAGGCUUAAAAGUUGUUGUCUCCUUUGUAAAUUCAUCCUUUAGUCCAGGGGUGUCUAACCUUGGUGACUUUAAGGCUUGUGGACUUCAACUCCCAGAAUUACCCAGCCAGCCAUGGCUGGCUGGGGAAUUCUGGGAGUUGAAGUCCACAAAGGUUAAAGUCGCCAAAGUUGGAACCCUUGCUUUAGUCUGUUUCUUGCCAAUUGCAAAGGGUAUUCCGUUGAGCAAAACCCUCUCAUAAAUGUUGGGUCCCUUUAAGCUCAGAUACCACAACGUAUCUUAGCAACCCAGCUCUUAAUGUUUGAAUGUUUGAUUUCAAAGUUGUGUCCUUCUGGAUAUUGGCAUUGAAGUGG